AUGGAUGAAAGAGAAUGUUACAGAAUCCAUGGAAUCAGACUUGACGAGUCAAGUGCAGAUUCAGACAGUGGUAAAAGUGAUUUUGACGAUGAAUACAAUAAAUAUCGUCCUAAACCUAUUGUGUUGGAUCCUUGGAAAAUCGUGGUCAUAUCAGCAAAUUCACCAGACAGAAAAGAAAGUGUUAAUAAAAAUACUACUUCUAAGCGAAGGUAUAAAAGAAGAAACCGAAUUCCAUCUUCAGAAACUGAAAGACCAGCAUUUUCUUCAAAUUCAAGAACUGCGUCAAAUCGAUUACGUCAAGUAAACAAUUUAAGUGCAGAAGAAUACGAUAAAUGUUGUCCCAAACCUAUUGUGCUGGAUCCUUUGAAAAUCGUGGUCAUAUCAGCAGAUUCAUCAAACAGACAAGUAAGUAUUACUGAAAAUACACCUUUAAUAACUAAAAGACCAGUGAUUUCUUCAAAUCUUCGGAAGAUUCAACAAAGAAGCUCAUCGAAUCGAAUACUUCAUAAAGUUCUUAACGAGACUACAGACUCAGAUAAUCCUAUGGUGUCAGAUCCUUUGAAAAAUGUGGUCAUAUCACCAAAUUCUUCAAACUUCAAAGAAAGUAUUGGUAAAAAAACUUCUUCUAAUGGAAGACCAGUAAUUGAUGAAGAGCCUACUUUUGCUGAUCUCUUGGAUAACACUUUUCCGGAUCCGAAUAUCGAAGAGGAGGAAGAAAAACAUCAAGAUGAGGAUUGUUUGUGGAGCAUUGUUAAAUGUAUAACAUGUAAUUUUAAUUUGUGA